UGACUGUGGUAGUAAACUGGAUUUCCUUUCUUCCUGCAACAAGAGGAGGAGGCGGUGUACGGAAGUAGCAUGGGAUUGUAUUACUAAGCAACAGAGACCAGCGCAUUACCGGCUAAUUGGUAAAAACGUUAGUAAACGUCGACUUUAACCACAUUCAGAGAACAUAUGCCAAGAUCAUAUCGAGCAGGUUGCUCUGUCAUGAAUAAAUGUAAAGAUCCCCCGUUUGCUGCGACAGAAAUGCAUGCGAACAAUCUCCAAAAUCACGACCCUCACUGUGGAACCGAUGUGGCCCGUGCACGCUGGGCUCUUCUGCGACAGGUUCUGAAGCAGAAGCAGCUCGACAGUGCAGAUGUUCAGCAGGUGUCUGUGCGGAGGUUCUCCUCCUUUAACCUGUUCUCCAGGAGCAGGGUCACUCCCUCAGAGACAGAGGAGACAUCGGAGGGGCAGUGGGUGGAGUACAGAAGUGCAAUCUUUCCUCAGUACAGUGCCUUACUCAGAGACAAUCUUGGACCAAUUAGAGUGGAUGAGGUGCUCAGCAGCUUUGACAACACAGGAAAUGUCUGUGUCUGGCCUUCUGAAGAGGUGAUGGCCUACUAUUGCCUGAAGAAAAGUCACAUGUUUACGGGCUCGGCGGUGUGUGAGCUGGGUGGAGGGAUGACGUGUCUCGCAGGUCUCAUGAUUGCAGUUUGUGCUGAUGUGAAGGAAGUGCUGCUAUCUGAUGGCAACGAGAAGGCAAUUCAAACAUCAGAUGUGCGCAGUGUAAUCGAGAGGAACAGGCGAGAGGGGCUCUUCCUGUCUACCAAUGUGUCCAGCAGGGUGGUGAGAUGGGACAAUGAGGCCGAUAUGUCCGCUCUGGAGGGUCGCUUUGACGUGGUGAUGUGCGCUGACUGUCUGUUUCUUGACCAGUACAGAGCGAGUCUGGUUGAUGCUCUUAGAAGAUUACUGCGACCUGAUGGCACGGCUCUAGUAUUUGCCCCUACCAGAGGAGACACACUGGCCGAAUUCUGCAGACUGGCAGAAAGCGCAGGCCUGAGAGUGUGUCGCUAUGACAACUACGACCCACACUUGUGGGACCUUCACCUGAAGAUGCAGAGAGAGGGAAAGGAGGUGUACGAUGAGAACAUCCACUAUCCUCUUCUCCUCACUCUCACUCACGGAUCCAGUCCAGCCCUGAUCUGAGCUGGAUAAAGCCAUCUCAUGCCAGGAUGCCUUUCUGUACUGCCCACCUUGGCUUUGCCACUGUGUCCUCACUUCCUGUGUGUGUGUGUGUGUUUGUGUGUGUGUUUGUGUGUGUGUGUCAGGCCUAAGCAGCCUCUCAUCACACUCCUCAACUUGGAUAACUUUUUCUUAACUAUGGUGUGUGUGUGCAGUGAAAACAGACUAUGUAGGUGAGUUGCCGUGUGUGUGUACUUGACCUGUUUACUGUGCAACAACAGUGUGAAAUGCAUUAAAUGAGAAAGGAGAACACAUCCCUCCCUCUCAUUCUACGAACACUGCGGAUGUGAUGCUCAGAUGUAAACGUAUUCAAUGCCUGUGAGUAUGCGUGAUAUCAGAGAUGAUGAUUCAGGGCAGAAUGUUACGAAUUAAUGAUUUCAACUCUGGAGGCUGAUGCAGUUAAUCAGGUUCACAGGACUAUCUUUGCCUCUUUACAAAGACAUAGAUGAGGUAGUGUGGUCGUCUUGAUCCUGAGAUCUUGUUAUCAUAAUGACACCAGCUAUCACUUAGCUACUGAUUCUGCAUCUACAUUUAAAGGCUCAUUCUGACACCAAAGGUUAUGAGGGGAUGAGAUGGAAGCUGCUGCGCUGAAUGUUAUUUGCUUCACUGUGAAAUGCUCUCACUUUGCAUUUUUUAUUGAAGAACUGACAAGAUAUGAGAGAUUAGGCCAGACUAAGUCACACUACCACUGGUAAGACCUGCAGCACUGUUCUCCACUGAGUCCUGUGUGUUUAGAGUGCACUCACUGUGGCCUCAGAAAGAGAUGAAAAUGGUGUCAUCAUUUAUCAUGUCUCUUGAAACCCAUUUGAAUUUAUUUUAAUCUUAGAAUGUGAAGAGGGUUAUCUGUAGCAGAGUGUCCAAAUUGGUACUUUCUAUACAAUAAAAGUGAAUGGUAAUCAUAACAACUGCAGCAUUUUAAGAGAAUAACAACUUAAGUUUCAUUCUUUUUCGCACACAUGGGCUUCAGAGGACUUCAGAGGAAAGCUGGGUGGAUGUGUGUUUUUUGUUGUUGUUGUUGUUGUUAAACGUGACAGCCUCUGGUCAUCAUCUACUUUCAUUGUAUGGAAAAGGGCAGCAUUGACACUCUGCUAAACUUCUCUUUAUAUGUUCCAUGGAAAUGACACGAUUGUGAGUAAAUGAUGACGAUUUUCAAGUUGAAAUUUAUUUAAUAGAUACAAUUCAUAUGAAUUCUGUAUAGAGGCCCCUUUCUGCCAUUAAACAAAAAUAAAUAAAAGGCAAUUGUUUUUUUUUUGUUUGUUUUUUUAAUUGCCUGUUUAGAUCUUCAAUUUAUGAGUCUCGCAAUUCUGACUUUUUUCUUUUGAACACUGAAUUAACAUCCAUAAGUUGUUUUUUCUACUGCAGAAUAGAAAAUAAAAAAGGUGAUUAUGACUUUUUAAAUCAUGAUUCUGACAGUUUUAUAUCUCACAAUUCAUACUUUCCUUAUCAGAAUUGCUAGAUACAAACUUAGAAUUUCAAGAUAUAAACUUUAACUAAAAAAAAAAAAAGUGUCUGAAUUAUAUAUAUAUAUAUAUCACAAUUAUCCUCUUUUUUUAUCUCAAAUUGAAAACAAGCUAAGCUUCAGUGGUUCUGUUUUUGUAGAUCAAUGGGUAUACAGGUGUUAGUUUUUGGUGUACAUUCAGAAGAAUAUUAUUUUAUGCCCAAAUAUUAAACUCAUUUUAACAAAUAUUUUUUUUUUUCUCUAGACUUUAGCCCUUUUUCCCCACACUGUUGUUUUCUCCUGAUGGUGAGCUGCUGACGCCUCAUUCAGAGCUCUUUGGUUUGUUGUGAAUUGUUCAGGGCUGUGUGCUUCUGCACUGUGAUUACAUUUGUACAAAACACAGAUGAGUCCAAAGUGAUUGUUUCUCACUGACACUGCAGGUGCUUGCAACGACUGUGAUUAAAUCAUUGUUUUGAA